AUGAUUCCCACCCCAUUCAUCGUUAUUUCUCUUCUCUGCCUCUUUGCCGAGGCAGGCCUGAUUUCCCGCGGCGAAUCUACCGUAGACUCUGCGGUGGUUGUAUUUGCCAUUCUCCGAGAUACUCCCAUUCAUCACGGGCUAUUCGCAGCCAACGGAAGCGCGAUCUGGAUUGGAAAGGAUACGGCCUCCUACUGCCCACCAGUUGUAGAGGAGCGGGGAGAAUGUCCAAAGGGCAAAGACACAAGUUUCUGGGUGAAUGACCGUUGUGGAAUGAAUGCCAUUGUUCCUGGUGGCCAGCAAGCCUACGUCGCCCCUGAAGGGACAAUAUCUUAUACGGCGCCUCACUCCGCUUACAUACCUCCGGGGUCAAUCACAACGGGCUUCCAUCUGCUUCCAACGCAGUUUGAGGGGUUCUGGGAAUUCGCAAUCGAUUCGCACGAGUUGAUGGCAUGCCCUGAGACGCCAGGACAGGGACCGUGGCAAGUCAUUGUUGUGAGAGAGAAUUCAAGCGUGCCGAGCCGCGAUCCUACGGAUUGCCUGAAAUUCAAAGCUUAUGCAAAGGCGGUUAAGGAUCCGGUAUGGGAGUAUCUUUCAACACUUGGUUCUCAACCUAUUGUAGUGCAAGAGUACUUAUAA